UUGGUCUAAUGAAAUAAACUACAGGUGGCUGUUUGCAGGCUGGAAUAAUGACAGAUUAGUGGAACCGCGCUGUUUUAUUAAUCUGAGAACUAAUCUUGCAUUCUGAUGAGCUGCUUGUGUUUUUUUUUCAGACUCAAUUUAUUUUCAGCUGAACCUGCCGUUGAGAAUUUAGCGGAUGUUGCCCCCUUUCUUUCUCCUACCGGCUGGCCAGAAGCAGUUCACACCUAACUCGUUGGUCUCAGUGCUGCCUCCGUUGGUUGCAGGAUGCUGUCGUGAGCGGAUCUCUUCAUCUGGCAUGAUGCGCUCAGCUGGGCUGGCUCCGGGUACCCCCUCAGCGAGUGACUCUCUCUCAGUUGUAGCAUUAUCACCUAGCAUCAGCUCAGCAUGCAGUACUCCAGUCGUGGCAUGUGGGCUUAUAUCGGGCUGCUCCAUACUCUGGUGUUCAGUCCGAGCCAUCAGCAUCCGCAGCCCUGUCACAUUCUCGCACGUAUAGGGCAUACCGUGCGUCUGGGCGUCCUGCUGCCAGAUCAGGAUUCUCCUUACCUGUCCAGAAUCCGGAGUGCUUUGAGCCGGGGAAACAUUGUUCAAGCCAGGGGGCACACUUUACCCUAUAAUCUGAGCUUGGAGUUAGUACUGGGACUGCCCAGGACAGCAGAGCCAGAGUCACUCUGUCGCUGUGUGUGCCAGGCGCUGGUGGUCCAAGGGGUAGCCGCGGUACUUGCCUUCCCUCGGUCUCAGGAGGAGCUUAUCCAAGUGGAAUUUAUGUCAGGCUACCUGGAAAUCCCUUUCAUCAGUAUCCUGGAACAGGGGAAACCACUGGCGACAAAUAACCCGUUCCAUUUGCAGAUGACCAUGGGGCAUUCUCACAACACCACGGUGGAUCUGCUUCUUAGUGUUUUUCAGGCAAAUAGCUGGUAUGACAUCAUUGCGAUCACUUGCCACAACUGGGAUAUCACAGGCUUGCUUGAUGUUUUGACACACAAUGACACAUUCCAACUCAGGAAAGUGCUCAAUCUGACAAGGCUAAGUCACGCUCAAGUUGUUCCUUACCUGAAGGAAAACUUCCAGUAUCUACAGGACAUUGCCUCAUCAGUUCUGCUCUUUGGUUGUGAAAAAGAGACAUCCAAGCUGGUCUUCCAGGUGGCACAAGAUUCAGGCUUGUUAAUGCAGGAUGUUCAUUGGAUGGUUGGCCAUCCAGUGAGUGCUGAGGAUCUACAGACUGAAGGCCUGCCAUUGGGGCUGUUGGCUUAUGGCAAGGUGUUUGAACCAUCCAUUGAGCAUUUUAUACAGGAUGCCAUUGAACUAAUAACUAGAGCCAUUUCAAAUGCAGUGUACAUCAGGCCAGACCUGGCCCUUAUUCAGAGCAUGGUAAACUGCAAUGACAGGCAUAUGGAAGGAACAAUAUCUUCGGGUCAGUAUCUAUCAAGAUUUCUGGCAAGCACCUCAUUUCAAGGAACAACUGGUGAUGUGUAUGUGACAAAUACCACAUGCAUCCACACAGAUCACCACUACCAUAUAUGGACAUUACGACGGGAUGCAGUAGGAGGCCCUACAUGGGUCACUGUGGGCAGCUGGCAGAAUGGCAAACUGGAAAUUGAAGCUGGCAUCCUGCAGGACCAAUAUCAGACAAGGAAGUAUAGGAAUGGCGGAUCUUCCAGGAUGAAACUCCGUGUUGUGACCCUGGUGGAACAUCCGUUUGUCUUCACUCGGAAAGUAGAUGAGGAUGGCACCUGCCCAGCUGGACAAAUGUGCUUAGAUCCUCAUACCAAUGAUUCUGCAAUUCUGGAUUCAUUCUAUAAAGAUCUAAAUUCAGAAAAUGCCUCAGUUCCAUUAGAAUUUAAGAAAUGCUGUUACGGUUACUGUAUUGAUCUCUUGGAGAAGCUUUCUGAAGAUCUCAAUUUUGAAUUUGAGUUGUACAUCGUUGGGGAUGGUAAAUAUGGAGGUUGGAAGAAUGGCCGUUGGACUGGGCUGGUGGGUGACUUGCUUAGUGGUGCUGCCCACAUGGCUGUGACCUCCUUCAGCAUUAAUUCUGCUCGAAGCAAAGUCAUAGAUUUUACAAGCCCUUUCUUUUCUACCAGUUUAGGUAUCCUUGUGCGGACAAAGGACACAGCUGCUCCAAUUGGUGCAUUUAUGUGGCCACUACACUGGACCAUGUGGGUUGGAAUUUUUAUGGCAUUGCACCUUACAGCCCUUUUUUUAACCCUUUAUGAGUGGAAAAGUCCCUUUGGAAUGACUCCUCAUGGAAGAAAUAGGAAAAAGGUGUUUUCAUACUCAUCUGCUCUAAACUUGUGUUAUGCCAUCCUUUUUGGCAGAACCGUCUCUUCCAAGACCCCAAAGUGCUAUACAGGUCGCUUCCUGAUGAAUCUCUGGGCAAUAUUUUGUCUGCUUGUAUUGUCAAGCUAUACAGCUAAUUUGGCAGCAGUCAUGGUUGGAGAGAAGACUUUUGAGGAACUUUCCGGAAUUCACGAUGCUAAGUUCCACCAUCCAUCCCAAGGGUUCCGCUUUGGAACUGUGCGGGAAAGCAGUGCUGAAGACUACGUCAAGAAGAGUUUUCCUGAGAUGCAUGAGUACAUGAGGCGAUACAAUGUUCCAACAACACCAGAAGGGGUGGCCAAAUUAACGACAGAUCCUCCCAAACUGGAGGCAUUUAUCAUGGAUAAGGCACUCUUAGAUUAUGAGGUGUCUAUUGAUGCGGACUGCAAGCUACUCACUGUGGGGAAGCCCUUUGCAAUCGAAGGUUAUGGAAUCGGGUUGCCACAAAACUCUCCACUAACAUCCAACAUCUCAGAAUUCAUCAGUCGGUACAAAUCGUCAGGCUUCAUGGACAUGCUUCAUGACAAGUGGUACAAGGUGGUUCCUUGCGGGAAACGAGUCUUUGCUGUCACAGAGACACUACAGAUGGGAAUCAACCACUUUUCUGGCCUGUUUGUCCUACUGUGCCUUGGCAUUUGUGGAUCCUUACUGACUUCAUUUGGAGAACAGAUCUUCUAUCAUCUGAUCCUCCCCAGGAUUAAGAAGAGGAGAAAAUUCAAGUACUGGCUCCAUACCAGCCAGAAAAUUCAUCGAGCUCUGAAUAUGAAUUUUGAGGACAAGAUUCCAAAAGCAAAAACUGAAAAGAGGUCCACCUUGCAAGACAUUGAGAAAGAUGAGCAGCCAAACCCAGGACCUUCCAUCAAAUUGGCAGGGUGGAAUAACCAAAGACGCUUACAACCCAAAGAGCAAAAGAAGGUGCAUUUUGAGCUAGAUACCAUCAAGAGCAUUCAUACAAUCACUACAGGCCAAAAAGGCAUGGCCAUUUGUCUCUACAGGAAUGGACGUGCUGUCCAGGACAGUGACGGACUUGGAAGUGACCAUGAAGAAAAUGACAGACAUGCUGUAGACAGUGAAAUAAAAGAGCUAGAGCAGAGGAUAGAGGAAAUUCGACAGCAGCUGAGGGAAGCCUUAACCCGGAAAAGUGAACUCCAAGCCUCUUUACAUAAGUCUGAUGAGGAGCUGCAAAUUUGUGCAAAAUCUAUCCUCAGACAAAGCAAUGAGAAUAGAUGACUGCCUUAUCAAAUACUAGGACAAAGUGAGUUUCGUGUUUUUUAAACAAAAGAAUAAAAUGAUUUAAUGUUUAGCUACAGGGAAGAAAUAAACUGCCAAAUGACUUAACAGGUGACAUUUUGGUAACUUACUUCAGCAAGGGCUAACGUGGCCAAGACUACCCUUCCCAUUUCCACUGCCUGCACUAAGGCUUCUGCUCAUGUUUAUGCUGAAAUGGGGAGAGAUGCAAAAAGGCUGUGUUAGAUAAGUUUAAAUCCAGGACUUAACCUUCUUUCUCCACAAAAUAUGUACUUUAUAACAGCUACCACACCUGGGUAUGCUUGUUUCAUACAUUUCUCUAUAUGUGGGCUUGAUAUACUCACAUGCAUCUUUGGAUAAUACCUGCAAUGUGUACAGUUUUAUAGUUCUUUCUAUGCAGAUUUUUUUUUAUAUCUUAAAAAUAAUGAAAUUACAUUUUAUUUGCAAAACAAUCCCUAACAGACAAUGCAG